AAAGCAGGUCAAGGUGUCGAGACAACACAACAAGAGAGCAGCAACAACCACUGCAACAGCAUGGCGGCUUGUCCGACGAUCGAGCUACCUUCGGGGUACGCGAUGCCUCUGGUGGGCUUAGGAACCUUCGACAACCUGAAGGAUGAUAUGAUAUGUGAAGCAGUCAAGGCUGCCCUGGAUUCAGGCUAUCGCAUGGUCGACUGCGCAUGGAUCUACCGUUCCGAGUCCGCGGUGGGGGCCGCCCUCGCAGACAGGAUCAAAGCAGGUGCUGUCACCAGGAACGAGUUAUUUAUCAGCACAAAGCUGUGGAACACGUUCCACGAGCCCGACAGGGUUGAGGCAGGUCUUCGCGACUCUCUUAACGACCUUGGCCUGGACUACGUGGACCUACUUCUCAUGCACUGGCCCAUGGCUUUCAAGGAACAAACCGUGGAGAGGAAGGCCUGGAUCCUCAACACACAGACAGAACCAGCGGACGUGGACUUCCUCGACACAUGGCGGGCGAUGGAGGAGCUGGUGAACAAGGGUCUGGCGCGCUCUAUAGGCAUAUCCAACUUCAACAUUCAGCAGUUAACCCGCUUGCUGGAUGCUCCCGGACUGCGCUACAAACCAGCAAACAUUCAGGUCGAAAGUCAUCCAUUCUUCCUGAACAAGGAGCUGAUUGACUUCUGUCAAGGUAGAGGAAUAACAGUUACAGCCUAUUCGCCGCUAGGUAAAGGAGGGUCUACAUACGCUGGAAAACCAACAGAAAACAUCCUGGAGCACCCUACUAUCACCUCCAUCGCGAAAGCACAAGCUCAUUCACCAGCACAGGUCGUUCUUCGCUGGGCUCUUCAGAGAGGACUGAGUAUUGUGCCCAAGAGCUGCACACCUGUCAGGAUUAGGGAGAACAUCCAGCUAUUUGACUUCAGUCUUACCGAGGAUGAGAUGGCCGCCAUUUCGCUUUUGGACAAACACAAGCGGCUGGUAACCCUGGAAAACUUCAAGGGCUUUCCAGAAUAUCCCUUCAAAGAUAUUUCAGGAUGUUAAGGCUUCCACCUCGUCUUUAGUUUAUUUUUCUCUACGAGUUCACAGUAUAGAAGGCAAUAAAUUUCGAGUCUAGUCAUGAUUCAAGUAUUAAUCAGUCACCUUAUUAUAUCACCACAAGAAGUUGGAGGUGAUUUUAGUAGAAAACUCUUUUAUUGACUUUUAUUGUCCAUUCAUCCCUCUCAAACCCCAGUGACAUCCAUGUUCUGUACAAGCGGUCCCAUGAUGCAGCAGUCACAAACACAGUAAAGUAUCCUGGGACAUGCCCUUGUAUCUUGCCUCGGACACAAGCAGCUUCUCUCACAUUUUGGCACCAGUUUGCGUGGUUGAAUUAACACAUUUAUAUACGUCGGUGUAAAUUACCAACGACUAACAAACCGCCAACGUUUCGCACUGACCAACGGGCACCAUGAGCUCGAGUACUCAGGUGACCAAGUUCGUCAAAGAGCAGGCUUGGAGGACAAACGGGAGGAAAGUGGAACUUAUUGAGAGCUAGUCAUGUUUGCCAAGAAUCACGACAAUGAAAUUAUCAUUUUAAAUCAUCGCACAUUUACCUCAUGAUUGUUACGAAAUAGAAUAACAGUGAAACGUUUUAAAGCGUCGCAUUUUGUCCAUUGUCUCGGAAAACACAGCGAAGAAUACUUCUCCGCACCGUACAUCCUCCUUAGCAGUUCAGCGUUUGUGAAACUCUUGAUGCCAGCAAAAGAGUUAUAUUCUGAGAUGUAAACAAGGAUUCAAGAAAGCUCAGUGACAUGCAGACGUACUUUAGACUAUUUUAUAAAGACUGUAUAUAAAUUGUACUGACUUUUGGAA